CGUUUGCCUACCCGUGGUCCGUGGAUGAACCUUUGGGCUGAACUUUCCCGAGAGACCCGAUAGGGGGAGUUUGAUGUCGCGUCUUUCUUGUAUCUUGCUUCGCAACUUAGGGUCGACCUUGCUUGCAGUUGCAAAGCAUAAUUGUUUCUACGUGGCAACUUUACUCGCGGGCUCUACGAAAAGUACUAUUGGCGCUAUGUUGCCAAGGAAUACCCGAGAUCUGGGUAGACAAGCUAAAGAAGACAAUUGGAAAGGGUGUGUUUGGUACCGAUAUUGGAUCCAUGCAAGCGCGAUGUAUCGCUGUGAUAAGUGGGCAUGAACUCGGACAAGACGAUUGGAACCUUCGAGGGUGGGUAUUUAUGGGUCGCCAGUGCUCUAGAUGGACCAUCGCAGCCUAUUGCAAAUUGCAACAUCGGAAGCUAAAGGCUCCGUGGUAUAAACAAGCUGGAUGAUUAUUCCCCACAGCGAAGCUGGGACCAC